UUUUCCAUCUAUGCUGGUGGCUGGUGGGAUUAAUCUUUCCGAGUCUUUCCGUCCACUUCCACUCCAUUUUUACACCGCGGAGACGAGGGUUCGUUAACUCCAGGCGAAGUGUGGUAUCAAGGAACAGAAAAUGUGGUCAUCAAUGCUUGAAGCAGCCAAAAUGAGCCCCUUCGCGGGACCCUUCUCACAGGCUAAAUGUCAAGCUGUCAAUGAGGACGAAAAAUCACUUGUUCCCAAGAGGAAUAUCGCAGCUUUCAGUGUUGCUGAAGGAGACAGCUGUGAAUUCGGAUCGAACCACUACUUUUUGCUAUGUGGUCUCGGUGGUAUUCUGUCGUGUGGCCUAACCCAUACGAUGGUAACACCCCUUGACUUGGUGAAAUGUCGUAUUCAGGUUGAUCCCGCCAAGUACAAGUCUGUGGUCACCGGCUUCAAGGUUACGUUAGCUGAGGAUGGUACCAGGGGACUGGUCAGGGGCUGGUCUCCGACUUUCUUCGGGUACUCUAUGCAAGGAAUGUUCAAAUUCGGUCUCUAUGAAGUCUUUAAGGUGUACUACGCCAAUAUGCUCGGCGAGGAGACGUCCUACGAGUACAGGACAACUUUGUAUCUGGCUGCAUCAGCCUCUGCCGAAUUUUUCGCUGACAUCGCCCUGUCGCCUAUGGAAGCUGCCAAAGUUCGAAUCCAGACGAUGCCUGGCUUUGCAAAUACCCUCAGAGAGGCCCUCCCCAAAAUGUACGAGGGCGAGGGUCUUGGGGGCUUCUAUAAAAGUCUUGUCCCCCUUUGGCUUCGUCAAAUUCCAUACACCAUGAUGAAGUUCGCCUGCUUCGAGCGCACCCUCGAGCUACUUUACAAGUACGUUGUACCUAAGCCCAGGGAAGCCUGCACCAAAGGCGAACAACUUGUUGUUACUUUUGCUGCUGGAUAUAUCGCUGGUGUAUUCUGUGCUAUCGUAUCUCAUCCAGCUGAUUCCGUCGUUUCUAAACUCAAUCAAGAGAAAGGAGCAACUGCAGGUCAGGUCCUCAAGAAACUCGGUUUCGCCGGUGUCUGGAAGGGUCUUGCCCCCAGGAUUGUGAUGAUCGGUACACUGACAGCAGCUCAAUGGUUCAUCUACGACGCCGUCAAGGUCUACCUCCGUAUGCCGCGACCACCACCACCCGAGAUGCCAGAAUCUCUCAAGAAGAAAUACGGGCUUGCUUAAGGAGUUCAUUUCCAGGCGCGGUUGUACCCGCAUAGAUAAAAUAAACGAAAAAUUGCAAAAAAAAAAGAAGAGAAAAAUGGAAAAAGAAUUUAGAGAAAUUUCACAUUUAAUCAAAACCUUCCUCGCGGAAUUCACUCUCAUAGAUAGUUACGAUUAACUCCAUUAAGUGCUCAGUAUUCGUUAUUUCAAUAAACAAUUGCUCCUGA